AUGUCCGGACCUGUCAAAGACUCGAGAAAAAUGUCUCUCUCAGACAAAAGUCUUGAUUUACAGACAUUAUUUGUUAGAUCUAUUCCAGAAGGUGUAACUGACGAAACUUUGACUAGUUUUUUUUCCAAUUUUGCACCAUUGAAGCAUGCGGUUGUAGUUAAGGAUGUUAACAAGAAAUCAAGAGGUUUUGGUUUUGUAAGUUUUGCUUCAGAAGCGGAUGCUGAAGAUGCCUUACAUAAAUCCAGGAAGGCUAAAUUAGAAAAUCAUCUAUUGAGAGUUGAUUUUGCCAAAAGACGUGACCGUAACAAGAAGGAAGAAUCUGCAUCGGCACCAGUUCAAAAAGAACCAUCGACCGCCGAUGAUGAUGAUGAUGAAGCAUUGAAGGGUAAGCCUAAAUUGAUUAUUAGAAAUAUGCCUUGGAGUUGUCGUGAUCCAAAUGAAUUAAAGAAGGUUUUCAGUAGAUUUGGUACUGUUGUAGAGGCUACAAUUCCAAGAAAGCGUGACGGUAAGUUAUGUGGUUUUGCUUUUGUUACAAUGAAGAAGAUUAGUAAUUGUAAAAAUGUGCUUGAUAAUUGUAAAGAUUUGAAAAUUGAUGGUAGAUCUGUCGCUGUUGAUUUCGCUGUCCAAAAGAGUAGAUGGGAAUCAUAUCAAUCUAAAAAUGAAAAGCCUGCCAAGGAUGAAAGUUCAGAUAAUGAUGAAGAGGAGAACGAUAAAGAUGAUAAUAACAACAAGAAAGAUGACGCUGACAAGGAUAAUGUCGAAAUGAACUCUGAUGAAGAAGUUGAUGAAGAAGAAGAAAAAAAGUACAAGCAACGUAAUCAAAGAAAUAGAAGGGAUGAUUUCUCUAUCUUCGUUCGUAAUGUUCCUUAUGAUGCAACUGCUGAAUCAUUGGUUGAUCAUUUCUCAAAAUUUGGUAAGGUUAGAUAUGCUUUACCUGUUAUAGAUAGAGAGACUGGUCUGGCAAAGGGUACUGCUUUUGUCGCCUUUACUGAUGAAAAGGUAUAUGAUUACUGUGUUCAAAAUGCUCCUGCUGCAGGUACUACUUCAUUAUUAAUAGGUGAUGAUGUUCUGCCAGAAUAUGUUUAUGAAGGUCGUGUUUUAUCAGUUACGCCAACUUUAGUUAGGGAAGAAGCUAAUAUCAGGGCAGAAAGGAAUGCUGAAAAGAGAAAGGAAGCCUUAGGUAAGGCACCUGGUGAACGUGAUAAGCGUAAUCUCUAUUUAUUGAAUGAAGGUAAAGUCGUUGAAGGUUCUAAGAUGGCUGAGCUACUUUCAACUAAGGAUAUGGAAAUUAGAGAUAAGUCCUCUGAAUUAAGAGUCGAACAGUUGAAAAAGAAUCCAUCUUUGCAUCUAUCCAUGACUAGAUUGGCUAUUAGAAAUCUACCAAGAGCUAUGACCGAUAAAACAUUGAAGGCACUUGCUCGUAAGGCAGUUGUGGAAUUUGCCAUAGAGGUUAAAGAUGGAAAGAGACAUCCUCUUUCUCAAGAAGAAAUUGUUAGAUCUACUAAGGAAAAAUACAAAUUUAUGACUCCUGAGGAAAUUGCCCACCAAAAGAAAAAAGACAAAAAGCACGGUAUAGUUAAACAAGCAAAGGUUAUUAUGGAAGUUAAAGGUUCAAAAACUGGUAGAAGUAGAGGGUAUGGUUUUGUCGAAUACAAAGAUCAUAAACAUGCUCUGAUGGGUCUGAGAUGGAUGAAUGUUCAUUUGGUCUCUCAAGAAGAAGUCGUUGAUGGACUUGACGAGGAAGAGAAGAAGAUGAUCGACAUGGAAUCUACUACAUCUAGACGUUUAUGUGUUGAAUUUGCUAUCGAAAAUGCUAAUGUUGUUAAAAGAAGAAGAGAUAACGUUCAUAAUGCUAGAGAGAGUUCUAAGAGAAAGAGAGAAGAGAAAGAAGAGUAUGAUGAAUCUGCCAAGAAGGCUAAAAUAGAGGAAUCAUCUAAAUCUGAGGAAACAAAAGAUGGCAUGAGCACAGAUAUCAAGAGAUUGAUAGGUUUCAAGAGAAGACAAAAGCAUCAUAGAAAGUAG